GUGCAUCUGAAAUCAGGACAGCAAUGCGGUGCGUGACCUGGCGAAUGGUGUGCCCAAAACGGAAGUGCACAAAAACAAACAGUGGAAGGUUACCGCUGGCAACAACUGCAUGUUGUGCUUGGUAUUGAUAAAGCGCGUUUGCAACAAUUAAAUAUUUUCCAGUAGGAACACUUCGCGCAGCAUGAGCUCGCACUAUCUGAAUUCUUGUGUGAAAGUGCCCAUCGAUCCGUGCAACAACUGUCCGGCUCCGGUAUACAAUCGCCCCAAGCUCUGCUCCCUUGGUGGAAAGAAGCCGCCUGAAAAGCCUCCAACUUCACAGCCGGAGGAGGAGUCACCUGCUUGGAGCAGCCAGAUGGGGGUCAGGUCCUUAGCUAAAUUCUACGACAGUAUACCUGACUACUGUGAUGUUAAGCACCUGCACCAAGCAGAGUUCUAUUCAACUCUGCAGAGCCUGCGUAGUACCAGCCGUGAACUGCGAUCUCAGGCAGCAACUGCUCCAACCCCAGAGCGAAGUGCUGGUGUCAGCAGAAGUUCUGUGGGCCAUGGAAAGUCUAAAAAGCGGCUUUCCAAAGGGAAAAAAAUAAAAAAACGUCCUUUGGUACUGGAUCCUGUUCCUCCGCCAGCAAUCUUAGUGAUCCCCGAUCAAGAGGAUAGAUGCGCUACCCACCCAGUUGUGCAUACUCCCAAUUCCAGUUGUCUAAGCGACGAGUACGACAAGUGCCUUAGGGACUUGAGUCGCCUAAAAAGCUUUAAGGAAGACUUUGCUGUGGAGGUUGCGGAUUUCAAGAGGUCCCUUAAAAGCUUUGAAGAGGAGUUCCGCAGGCCAAAGUCCACAAGCAGCAAAGGGACUGAAACAGAAACCAACAAGCCGAGUCAGACACAAAACCGCUGUCAGAAGACUGCCAAUCCUGGCCAGCAUACGGCAGAACGAGCCAAAUGCCGGAGGGAAAUGCUGCGCAGGUGCUUCAGUGUCAAUGAUCUUCAAGGAAUUACCUUAGAGGCUCAUUCGAAGCCUUCCAAACUAGCUCAACCUGCGCGAAGCAACUAUUUUCCACUCAGCAAUCAGGAGGAAGUGCCUAAGAUACAGAUUCAAUCGCCCACCACCUCAUCGAAGCGAAGUAGUAGUGCUUCAACCGCAGCAAAAGGUCGAGGAAGACGCGGCAGAGUAAGGAAACCAAAGCCAGGAUCUAACGCAAAGGAUGAGAAACCACUACCUCCGCUGUGCAUCUAUGAGUUGCCAGAAGAACCGGUCCAGAGAAGAACGCCCAGUGUGUCACCGCUGCACCCGGUAUCUCGUCCUAAUCUAGCGGCAACUUUGCGGGCUGAAGUCUCUAGGAAAAAGGUUAAGGAACUGAAGAACAACUGCACUUAUCAUGAUCCCCGUCCGCAAUUCGAUUGGGAGGUAAGAAAAACGCCUGCUUGGAAAUCGCUGUCCUUGAACGAAUCCCACAAGGCGUUGUUAUCCAUUCGGCUGGCCACUCGGAAGGCAGAACAGGCUUUUCAGGAGCGCCAGUACGAACUGCAUAUGGAAAUGAUGCGUCAACGGGUCAAAUCCGCUCCGCUUCUUCUUGAAGGUCCUACGUUCUGGGGCCCGGAAGUGGGCAAGCUCACCCACACCUGCCGGAGCGAGGAAUUACGUCAUUCCUGUGAGGAAAGCCGGCAACGAAGAAAGAAAAAGUCCGAGCGUUCAGCUCCAGAUGCGGAUACUAAGCUGCAGCAGCUACGCAAGAUCUAUGGCACAGAAAAGUCUUGUUCGAGGCAGUCUCAAAGAAGCAAGCGGUCCGGACGACGACCGCAGGGGCUGACUACCGAGACACCCAGCCAUGAUAGCGGUGACGAUCUGUGCAGCGUAGAUCGAGCUUUCCUCUAGACAUUCACCUAAUUUCCAAGCACAU